GUGGGAAUAAAGACAAAACAGAGACCACCACCAUUAAUGGCUUUCUUCACCGAUACGAACAAGACAGGACACAAACUCAAACCCAGCCUCCUCCUCCUCCGUCUCCUCCCGUCUCUUCUCGUUUCUUCUCGGUAAUCCCCAAAAUUUUCAAUUAAUCCCUCGAUUUCUCCUCUUUAUUUGAAUCCGAAGCAAGGCCAAAUCCAUAACAAAGUCUGGAAAAUUUCUUCCGGGAUAAUAAAGAGAUCUAUUAGGAGUAAAUUAUCUGACAAGUGAAAACAAAAGGAAAUUUCAUUUUAGUGAAUUAGGGAUUUGGGCUCGCCAUGGCUCCUGGAGGCAGUGCUUUGAAAGAAGUCAUGGAAUCUAAUUCAACGGGAAUGGAUUACGAGGUUAAAACGGCAAAAGUGGAAGUUAAUAAUAAUAACAAACCUACAAAACCAGGGAGUGCAGGGAUUGGAAAAUAUGGGAUCCAUUCAAACAAUGGUGUUUAUGAGCUUCUUGAAUGUCCCGUGUGUACAAAUUUAAUGUACCCUCCAAUUCAUCAGUGCCCAAAUGGUCACACAUUAUGUUCAAACUGCAAAGUGAGAGUGCAGAACACAUGCCCUACAUGUCGCUAUGAGCUUGGUAACAUAAGAUGCUUAGCUCUUGAGAAAGUUGCAGAGUCUUUGGAAGUUCCAUGCCGGUACCAAAAUUUGGGGUGUCAUGACAUUUUUCCUUACUACAGCAAGCUUAAGCACGAGCAGCAUUGCAGGUUUAGGCCUUACACUUGUCCUUAUGCUGGUUCUGAGUGCGCGGUUACAGGUGAUAUCCCCACACUUGUUGUUCAUCUCAAAGAUGAUCAUAAAGUCGAUAUGCAUGACGGAUGCACCUUCAACCACCGUUAUGUAAAGUCAAAUCCACAUGAAGUCGAAAAUGCUACAUGGAUGCUUACGGUGUUCAACUGUUUUGGGAGACAGUUCUGUUUACACUUCGAGGCGUUCCAGCUGGGAAUGGCUCCAGUGUACAUGGCAUUCCUUCGUUUCAUGGGAGAUGAGAACGAGGCAAAGAAGUUCAGUUACAGCCUGGAAGUAGGAGCUCAUGGACGUAAAUUAACAUGGCAAGGGAUCCCUAGAAGCAUCCGUGACAGUCACAGGAAAGUCCGGGACAGUCAAGACGGACUCAUCAUCCCAAGAAACCUCGCACUCUACUUCUCUGGAGGUGAUAGGCAAGAACUCAAGUUGAGAGUGACCGGGCGAAUCUGGAAAGAGGAGUAAACCAAAACGAAGAAAAGAAAGAACUGAUUGAAAAAUGAUGUACAUAAGAAGAAGCCUCGUGGAGAGCUAAUGAUCAUAUGGAAGAUUUGAAGUUUGUUGUCUGGUUUUAGUGUGGUAUAAUGGAUUCUUCUCCAAUGGGGAUGAAGAUGAGAUGAUGACAAAUCUUCUAUGAUGAAUCAGUUUGGAGGAGCCAUUGUUACUAUUUGUGGCUGCAAGAACUAUAUUAUCUCUGUAAUUUUUUGUUGGGUUUUUUUUUUUGUUGUGGUUUCAGAGAAUGUAGGAAAAAGUAAGACAUGAUUUUGGCUAUGUUCUUGUUGUAAAACCAAGUUCAAAAAAGAUCGGUGCACUUUUUUUCUGUUCA